GGAGCUCAGUCUAGCAGCAAAAGUCCAGCAGUCCGGUUCCAAAGCGAUCCGAUCUCAGUCUCCGUCUCCGUCUCAGUCUCAAUCUCAGUUUCGAUUUUGAAUCCGAUCUGGAAUUUCGAAUUUGGAUUGUACUGCAGUGCACUUUUUUUUUCGUCGUUGUACUCUAGUCACUUGGAGAGAUAUAUACGUACAUAUAUAUACAUAUAUCAGCGAGAUGUCGCAGCCACUCAAGUUCUACUUCGACUUCCUGAACCAAUCGAGCCGGGCGCUGUACAUCCUCCUGGAGGCCUCCAAGAUCCCCUUCGAGGCCAUUCCCAUAUCGAUGCUCAAAGGCGAGCACCUGACUGGCGAGUUCCGGGACAAUGUGAACCGGUUCCGCAAGCUGCCGGCGAUCAUGGAUCACGGCUACCAGCUGUCCGAGAACGUGGCCAUCUUCCGGCAUCUGGCGCGCGAGAAACUGGUGCCGGAGCACUGGUAUCCGCGGCGCCAUCUCGGCCGCAGCCGCAUCGACGAGUACCUCGCCUGGCAGCAGACCAACAUGGGUGUGGCCACCACGGAGUACUUCCAGCAAAAGUGGCUGGUGCCCUAUCUGCAAAAGACCCGGCCAGCCGAUAAUGCGGUGAAUCUCGCCAGCAAGCAGCUGGAGCACACGCUCAACGAGUUCGAGCAGCUGUUCCUCAACUCCCGCAAGUUCAUGAUGGGCGACAACAUAUCCUAUGCGGACCUCAGCGCCAUCUGCGAGAUCGACCAGCCCAAGUCCAUUGGCUACAAUGCGUUCCAGAACCGCAACAAGCUGGCGCGCUGGUACGAGACGGUGCGCGAGGAGCUGGGUCCCCACUACAAGGAGGUGCUCGGCGAGUUCGAGGCCAAGCUGAAGGGCAGCGGCAGUGGGCAGCAGCAGCGGGCGGUGAAGCAAUAGCCGAUGCAGUCGGUUGGAUGCCGCCAAACUUGUUUAGUUCCCUAAGACAAUCGACUAUUUAAUCUGAUUUUUUUUUGUACGCUCUACAGAUAUUGUAUUUUUGUGAUUAUACUUGCUCUUCAUAUCCAAUAAGUUUGUAGCGUACCCAUCACACUUGUUUUAACCCUACCAUUUGUGUUAACCCUACCAUUUGUGUCAAGUAAUGCUCAUUUGUUAAACCCUACGAAAAACAAAAAAAAAAACGUAUAUAUAAUAAUAAAACUUAGUUGUUAAAUAUGUA